UGUAAUUAUAAUAGUUGGUAAACCUAGUUAGCUAACCAUCGUUUACGUAAUAAACUUGCGGUUUGUGGUUUUAUACUUCUAUAAAUACCAACCGACCUUUUAAAAUUAUCAGUUUAGAAGUUUAAGAAAUCUUUUAUUAUCUAUCAAACUCUGUCAAAGUUUAUACCAAAAAAAUAUAAGCUUCACACUCUUGUCAAAAGUUUUUACAUACUACCUUAGAGCGUCAAUCAAACUAAUCUCGAACAAACAUCUUUUCGGACUUGAAAUAAACGACGUUAAGAAACAUGUUUCGUCUUUUGCGCGAUACCAAUUUACCCUUAAUCAUGCUUGUCCUCGUGUCUUAUCUCUGUGUCGGAGUCAGAUGUCAAAUUGGCAUGCAACCUGGCUUCGGCAACGAGGCGUUCGGUAACCCGAACUUCGGACAGCAGGGCGCCGGGGGUUGGGGAGCACAGGAACAGCAAUGGGGAGGGGGACAUCCUUCGCAACAACAACAGGGCGGCGAACAAGAGGGCGGCAAACAGCCAGGUGGUGGCUACUUCAUGGGUGGGGGAGCCUCACAGUACUUCCCAGGGGGGAUGCCAGGACAGCAACAGGGAAUGCAGGGUAUGCCAGGCGGGGGUCCAAUUCCCACUCUGCAGGGACCACCUCAGACUAUGUUUCAACAGGUGCAGAGUAUGUAUCAACAGAGACUGGCGGCGGGACAGUGCAUGGACAACCCCAUGUUCGGAGACCAGUGUGAGAUGUACUCUGGCAUGGGAUACUGCACCCCCGCCUACUCACAGGCCAACUCUCUCAACCCCCAGGUGCAGCAACAACUGCAGUGGAUCUACGAGAACUGUCCUGAGAGUUGUGGGCUGUGCAUGGAGGCAGAAGUAUGAACAAAAUAUUCACUCUCGACACUGUUCACGGAUGAGUCAUCUCAUAAGCGAACAGUGCCACUAAAAAGAAAAAAGAGUGAGAGAUUUUAAAAAGAGAGCAUUAACAAAACUGACGAAAAAGAACUGAAACAAUUUUUAAUUGUGGUGGUCAUGGAUACAAUAAUUGUUGGUGUCGAUUGUGGCUAACUUUAUGGAAAAUAUUUGCCUGAUUGUACGUUUCCAAUGUGAGAUUGAUUUCAUAAAAAAAACAAUUUUUGAAAUUUA